GGUUGAUGUUGAUGCUCAGAGGACACGGAGUGAUCCGAGCAUCACCGGGAACCGACUGAAUUAUCGUGCCAAAUCUCUUUGGGCUUCGGUAGGAUGCGUCAGGACGGAUCCAUGCAGAUGGCUGCGACACAGAAAGAAGGAUCUGACCAGAACUUCGAUUACAUGUUCAAACUGCUGAUCAUCGGCAACAGCAGUGUAGGAAAGACGUCGUUUCUCUUCCGGUACGCUGACGACUCCUUCACGUCAGCGUUUGUGAGCACGGUGGGCAUCGAUUUCAAAGUCAAAACCGUCUACAAGAACGACAAGAGAAUCAAACUGCAGAUAUGGGAUACUGCGGGGCAGGAGAGAUACCGCACCAUCACCACGGCGUACUAUCGUGGAGCCAUGGGCUUCAUCCUCAUGUACGACAUCACUAACGAGGAGUCGUUUGGAGCGGUGCAGGACUGGUCAACCCAGAUAAAGACAUACUCCUGGGACAACGCGCAGGUCGUCCUGGCGGGAAAUAAGUGUGACAUGGAAGAGGAGAGAGUCGUGUCUUCAGAUAGUGGCAGACUGCUGGCAGAGCAGCUGGGUUUUGAAUUUUUUGAAACGAGUGCCAAGGACAACAUCAACGUGAAGCAGACCUUUGAGCGUCUGGUGGAUAUAAUCUGCGACAAGAUGUCAGAGAGUUUAGAGACUGACCCCGCCGUGACCACAGGCACCCAGGGAACGGCCCGGUUAACGGAUAACCCUCCUCCACUACAGCAGCCCAACUGUGCCUGUUAGUGCUCAGUUUACAUAGUAACAUAAGUGUGUGUGUUUGUAACACCUUUAGAUAGAUGCAUAUAUCCUUUAAUGUCAUAGAAUACAGGUGCUGGAACAACUUGAAUCUGAUCAGUGCAUGUCAGGAGUCAUGUGACCCUUUACACCCAAUGGAAACAAAGCUGUCACAUGGAUGCAGUCUUGAUGAACGGCAAGCAGUUUUUCAGUGUUUUAAAAAGCAGUAUGGAUAAACCGCUUGAAAAAUAUUAAUAUGUUGCAUUUCUUUGGUCAUCAGUUUUUGGUAUAUUUGGCCUGUGAGUCUGUUGCACCACUAGGAGCCGUUCAAACAGGACAAGUUCUCGUAUUCCAAAACAUAAAGCCACAAUGCAGGGGUCUUGAGGUGCUUUUUAAAAUGAUAAGAUGCAGCGGCAAAAGACAUCUGUCUGAUGCAUGUGAAAACAGACCAAACGAACCUAGGACGCAAGAAUGUGUUGUGUACGAAUGCUACUUUUGCCUGUUUUGUUCCAGCACCUUUGCACUAGAGUCACAUCCGUCUAUACGGUACCUAGUUCAUUCUGACACUCUGUUUUCUUUACUGUCAAUCAAAGUCCUAACGGCCUUUACAGCACUGUUAUUUAAUUCGUCAAGACUUCGUCCACAUACAUGCAGCGGCUGUUUAUGAACUAAUGACUUUGAGCACCACCGAACUGACCUUUCGCUAAGCCCAACCCCCUUAGUUAUUAGUAAAUGUAGUUACGAAUAAAAACGUAGUUACGAAUUAGUUUAGAAUAAACUGGAGAUUUUUGUGAACUCUUUAUGACUAAGUACAAUUAAACUGAGCCUUUCACUAAGCUCCGCCCCCUUAGUUACAAAUAAAUGUAAUUUUGUAAUUAUGAAUAAACUUAAUUACAUGGAUAAAAAUAUAGUUACUAAUAAUAAAAAUUUUGAUUUUUGUGAACCCUUUAUGACUGAGUACGAUCAAACUGACCUUUCCGUAAGCUCCGCUCCUUUUGUUACAUAUUAACCUCAUUUAAAGUUACGAAUAAAAACUAAGUUGCGAGUUUGUUUAAAAUAAACUGGAAAUUUUAUUGGAUUGGAUCUAACCUAACUUUAAUUCUCCACCAAAGUUGGGGCUUAACAAAUGUCGUUACGACUAAAAACAUAGUUAAGAAUUAGUUUAGAAUAAACUAGAGAUUUUCGAUAAAUUUAUGAAUUUGAACACGAUAGCAACUGAUCUUUCGCUAAGCUCCACCCCCUUAAUUACAAAUAUAUGUAAUUUUGCAGUUAUGAGUAAACGUAAUCACAUAGUUACAUAUAAAAAAGUAGUUACUAAUUAGUUUAGAAUAAACUAACGCUUUGAGCACGAUCAGACUGACCUUUCGCUACGCCCCUUAGUUACGAAUAAACGUAGUUACAAAUAAAAACGUAGUUGCAAAUUAGUUUCUUUAUGAGUAAGAGCUCGAUCAAACUGACCUUUUUCUAAACUCCACUUCUAUAGUUGCGAAUAAAUAAAAAAUCUAAUAAAAACUUAGUUACGAAUGAGCGUAAACUGGAUAUUUUUGCAAACUGUGAUUUUUUUAAUUUUAUUUUAUUUUUCAAAUACUUUUGGAUGAUUCUAAAUUGACACAUUUUAAAUUUUAAAAAAUGUAAAUAUAAUUACAUAAUCACACAGGACAUCCUGUCUGGCAACAGUUGCUAAUGUAGGAUUGGCCAGAUUUUGUUUUAGGGUGGGGCUUAGUGAAGGGUCAGGUGCUCAAGGGAA